AGCAACUCUUGGUCGCCUAUAUAGACUCUCGUCUCUUAUUCAUGAGUAAACACAACAACAGACUUAAAAUCCCACAAAGACGAGAAGAUAACACACACAAACUUUCUCUUUUGUCAAUAGAGAAGAAGAAGAAAAAGAAUGAUGGAUACUUUAUCUAGAUGCUUCAACGGACUUCAAGAAAGAUACGAGAGUGUUCUAGAAGCAAAAUCAAUUUACAGGGAUGACUUAGACAUAACGUUGCCUCUGAAUGCAUCAGAGGUUUCAAUAGAAUCCACCAAGAAGACUCGUUGCCUGCAAAGAGCCAAGAGGAUUGACAAAUCCCUAAGGUUCGAAGAGGAAGAGAUGGCAGAGCCACUGGCCAAGAAAGAAGGUCAAAAGCCACGUAAGGUUGUGAGGUUUCAGUUAGAAAAUAAUAAAAUCAUCGAGCCGAAGAAGCCGGUAACAUUGGAUCUUGAUCAAGAACUUGAACCGGAGGAGAAGCCGCUGGAGGAGAAAGAGGGUUUGCAUAUAGUCAAAGGGAAGGAGGAGGUUGUGAGGAUUAAGAUCAAGAUGACCAAGAAGGAAGCUCAAAGGCUACUAGGGAAAUGCAAAAACGAUAGUGUUUUGGAUUUCGAGCAUGUAGUGGAUCAGAUAGCACACGUCCCGGUUCAUCAGCUUCAAGUCUCUGUGGCUGUGGUUGCUUGUAAUAAAGAACGACAGGAAAAUGGUAGCUGGUUAUCUAAGAUGGAAUAGUUUUUAGUACUUAAUUUUGGGGUUUGUUUACCAAAGUUCUGUAGUGCUAGGGUUAUAUCUGUAAUGCUGUGUCAUAUACUGUUCUAGUAAGAAUGAACAGGGGAAGAUUUGAAUAUUCAAAUAUGAAAUUUAUAAUCUGAUUCUAUAUAUCUUGAUUGUGGAUAA